GGGUUGGUGCUGCUUCUCUCUGAGUUAAGAUUGAGCUUCAGCCCAGACUGCAACCUUCUUCCUCUGUCCAACAUCUGACACUAGUGUGGCAGGAAGAAUACUAAGACACCCGAGUGAGGGAGAUUCAGUGGGCUGACUGUGGAAAAAGUGCUUCAAACCAUUUCCUCAGCUUGGGGGAAUCAAAAUCACACCCCUCACGGUGGGGACAGACUGUGUACCAGUUCUGUUUGUAAUUUCAAACCCAGGUGACACAAGGAAUACUCUCCCCAUGGGGAAACCGUGGAAAUGUGGGGACUGUGGGAAAGGAUUCCCUUCCCCCUCAGUGCUGGAAAUUCACAGACGUGUUCACAGCGGGGAGAAGCCGUUCAUCUGCUCAGUGUGUGGGAAGGGAUUCACAAAUUCUUCCAACCUGCGGGCGCACCAGUGGGUCCACACGGGAGAGAAGCCCUUCACCUGCUUGGUGUGCAGGAAGGGGUUCACGCAUUCAUCUGCACUGCUGACCCACCAGCGGGUCCACACUGGGGAGAGGCCGUUCGGUUGCUCAGAGUGCGGGAAGGCUUUCCGUCGUGUGAGCAACUUGAGGAAGCACGAGCGGGUCCACACGGGGGAGAGGUACUGCAUCAUUUCAUCAGCAUUGUAA